UGAGUUAUGUACGCCUCUCUAUUGGCACCGUCGAAUAUAAAAGCGGACCGCGACCGCCCGUGCCUCACAAUGCCUGAAGCAGUGAACACGACGAGAACCAUGGGGACUUUCUCGACGAGCCUGGUGGUCAUCAUGGCUGCAGCCAUGGUGUCAGCGCAGUAUAGUGGAGGUGGUGGUGGUGCCUAUGGAGGCGGCGGCGGCGGCCCCUACGGAGGUGGCGGUGGAUACGGCGGCAACGGAGGCGGCGGCGGCGGUAAUGGAGGCUAUGGUGGUUAUGGAGCGAACGGAGGCUAUGGAGGUUAUGGAUCGAACGGAGGCGGCGGCGGUGGUUACGGAGGCUAUGGAGGCAACGGAGGCUAUGGAGGUUAUGGAGGCAACGGAGGCUAUGGGGGUUAUGGAGGUGGAGGAGGCGGCGGCGGCGGAUAUGGAGGUGGAGGCGGCGGAGGCGGUUAAUAUCACCGCUUAGACAUCAUUUUUCUUUGACCGCGCCUUUACCAUGCCUGUGAAUCUCGUCAACAUAAAGUUAAAAAAACAUAUGUCAAAAAUUGUCAAAAUAAAAUAUCACGUUUACGAGCAAGCUGCUUCCAUUUUAGAUCCUGUGCCU